CCCCAAAAUGCACAAUAUUUUGGCCAUAACUGUAUGUACAUUGUGUACAUUCUUUCAUUUGUUUCUGAGAAUAUAUAUUUACUAGAAAUCAUUCUAAUUUCCCUUCCCCCCCCCUUUUUUUCUUUUUAAACUAUCAGCUGCGGGCUCUCUAUUCACAGUACCUUCGAAGAAGUAAGAGUUUAAAUAAACUGCUAUAUCACCUGUUCAGGCUUAUGCCAGAAAAUCCAACUUUGCCAGGAUCAACAGCUGAACUUCCAAAUAAGGAUGUAAAAACGUACUUUACUGAAGAGAUUAAUUUAGACAUUGAAGACACAUCAGCACUGUCAUCUCAAAUCCCACAUUUGGCUUGCUCUGUUUACUGCAUGACGCUGAAAGAUCUGCCAGCCAUGGUUCGCCUUUGGUGGAAUAGUUGUGAGAAACGAGUCUUCAGCAUAGUAGAUAAAUUUACAAGCAGAUACGUCAGCAGCAUACUUUCCUCGCAAGAGAUAGCUUCUGUGCAGACCAGUACACAGUUGUUUAAUGGCAUGAUGGUCGGUAUUGUCUUCGCUAUACGUUUAUGCAUUUUACUAUCUAUUUAUCUUCUACAUGUUUGUAGCCUCUGGGUGCAGGAUUCAGGGUGUCUCACAACACGAAUUUAAACAGAUAUCACUAAAACAAGUGAUAAUUUUUUUUAAUGAACUGUAUCAGUAUUAGUAAAAACAAGUUUGAAUUAAAACUAUUUAAAUCCAUGUAAAAGAGCAAAAGAAUGUGUACAAUAUCCCAAGCUGUUCAGUAGCCAAAAGCCUCUCUAAAUAAAAAGGGUUUUGCCUGCCAGGAGGAGGA